AUGGCAGGCGUGUGGGGAGUGCACGGCGGGCACGUGCGGCGUGUGUGUGAGGGGCGCGAAGCGCGCACGGCGGGCGCAGACGGUGACCUCCCGAGCGCGCCCCCGCGGGCAGCUGACUCCCGCCGACCGGAAGGGGCGCGCGGCUGGAGAAGCCCCGAGGCCCGCUGCCAGGGACGCGCCGCGCAUACCAAGGCGCCCGGGGACUGGGGGCGCGGGCGCAGCCGAAGGAAGCCCUCGGGGACGCGCCGCCCACCCCGCAUCCCCGGGGCGCACCCGGCCCAAGGCAGAGCCCGCCCCGACGGCUGCCUCCCGCCCCGCCCGGCACACCGGGACGCCGGGAGGGGCUCGAGGGCCCCGGCGCGAGCGGCGGAGCUUCUCGUCGGGCCCGGAUCGGGCUCGUCAUCCCGCCCGGACCCCACGCAGCCGCCAGCCCGCCCCUCGGGCCGCGCCAUUCGUUGUCCGGCAACAGCUUGUGCCAGCGCCGCUCCCGGCGCCCGCCUCCUCCCCGCCGCCGUCUCCGUGACGUCAUCACGCCGCCGCCUCGGGCGGGGUCACCCCGGGUCCCGCCCCCGCCUCCUCCCCGCCGCCGUCGCCGUGACGUCAGCACGCCGCCGCCUCGGGCGGGGUCACCCCGGGUCCCGCCCCCGCCUCCUCCCCGCCGCCGUCUCCGUGACGUCAGCGCGCCGCCGCCUCGGGCGGGGUCACCCCGGGUCCCGCUUCCGCCCCCCGCCCCCCUCGCCGGGCGCCUACGGGGCCUCUCGCCCGGACCCCACCGGGAGCCGAGGCCCUUCCUCGGCGGCCCCCUGCCGCGGGGUAACGGGAGGCGCCGCGCCGCGGCCCCCACGCCCCUCCCGCGCUCGGCGCCGGGUGACCACGCCCGCCCUGCCCGGGCCGCCCGCAAACUGCCCCUUCGCCUGCGACGACCCCCUCUUACCGCCCACCCUGCCCCCUCCCCGCCCGGGCCGGGCCUCCCAGCGCGCCGCUGGCUGCGGGCGCGACCGCGUGGGGCCCUCGUCCUCUCUCGGGGCAGGGUCUCCGAACCCCCAGAACCUCCCCGGCUCCGGCUCCUCAGCUUCCCGAGGGACGAGACCCCGGGGCGCUCCACGCCGUGCCCUCCGCCGCUGCCCGCCAGGCCAAGGGGCCGCUAAGGCGCCAGCCGGGCCCCUCCGCCCGCGCCCCUGCCAGCCUGCUGCCUUUCUGCGCACACCCUCCCACCUGCCGCCUCGCCUCCCAGGCCGCCCCCCUGGCGGGAAUCACCUGCUCUCCCCUUUCCCUGAGGCAGGGCAGCAGGAGUGCCGGUGCCCACCCUGCAGCCACACGGCCCAGGUGGUUGCGCAGAUGAAGCGACAGGAGCAAGACGGCGGCCAGCCCCGGCCCGAGGCUGUUGGAUCUGCUGGAGACGGCACGGCGGCCCCAGUGCAUCCCCGUCCCAGUCCCCGACCUCUGAAUGUGGGCGCUUCAAUGGUGGAGGGCCGCUGUGGGUGGGGCUGCCCAAUUAAGAGGGUGCUGACCUCGGGGAGCCAAGAUUCUGAGGAGGCGGCACGGUGGCCCCGAGAUUGGGUGCCCAGCCCUGGCACAGGAGGGAUGGUGUCAGCCCGGGCAGCUGAUGGGCGGCCCUGCUUCUCGGGCCAGGGUCUGGGUGGGCGGCCCUACUCUGAUCAGGCCCUGAAACUGCCUCUGAGCAAGGACGGGCUGGGGAGCAGACCUGUCACCCUGGACCCCUCAGGGGCCCUCGGACCGGGGUCCCCAGGUGAGCCCGGGCGGCUGCGUCCACCCACCUCUGUUGGCCGGGGGUGCCUGGGCAGCGGGAGCAGUGGGCACCCAGCCUAUGGCCUCGCCGCUGCCCCAGUCCCCGUGGCCCACCUGAGGCCCCUAUUGCUGUGCCCAAGCCAGAGGGGUCCACAGAAGCUCGAGGAGCCAGAGAGACACCUACCCUGGCCCGUCUCUGCAGUCCUUAGACCUGGGCCAGCGGCCAUCGAGCCAUCCCCCACCCUGUGUGCAAAGGCUAGGGCUCGGGCCGAGCUGACGCAAGCACCCAGCCUCGGAAGGCUGCAGGCGGGCCCGAGCCCCUGGCUGCUGCUGGGGUUCCCGCACCCCUGA